AUGGCGUCCUCCAGCAGUCUCCUGUCUGAAGAUCAGUUCCAGUGCUCCAUCUGUCGGGAUGUGUUCACUGAGCCAGUCUCCACUCCAUGUGGACACAACUUCUGCAAGGCCUGUAUCAGUGGAUACUGGGAUACCACUAGCCUGUGCCAGUGUCCAAUGUGUAAGCAUAGUUUCUACAUAAGACCAGAGCUAAAGACCAACACGACACUCAGAGAUGUUGCAGAUCAUUUUAAGAGGAAGAGAGUCAGAGAUGAAUCUCUUCACAGGGCUGGGAAAGGGGUCUGUGACGUCUACAUGGAGAACCUGGAGGACAGAAUCAUGUGUAAGAAGCACAACACACUCCUUGAGCUGUUUUGUAGAACUGACCAGAUGUGUGUGUGUCAGUUCUGUACUGAGACAGACCACAAGACUCACCACAUCGUCCCUCUAGAGGAAGAGUGUGGAGAGAGGAAGGCUCAGCUGGGAAAGACAGAGGCACAAGUACAGCAGAUGAUCCAGGAGCGAAUGCAAAAGGGUUGGGAGAUCAAACAUUCAGUAGAGCUCAGCAAGAGAGAUGCAGAGAGAGAGAUAACAGACAGCCUGCAGGUCUUCACUGAUCUGGUGCGCUCUAUUGAGAGAAGCCAGGCUGAGCUCAUUGAAUUGGUUGAGGAGAAGCAGAAAGCAGCAGAGAGGCAGGCUGAAGGGUUCAUUAAAGAGCUGGAGCAGGAAAUUAAUGAGCUACUGAGGAGAAGCACUGAGCUGAAGCAGCUCUCACACACUGAGGACCACCUUCACCUCCUCCAGAGCUCCCCAUCCCUAUGUACCCCUCCAAAUGCCAAGAACUGGUCUGAGAUCAGUAUUCACACUGAGCUGAUGAAUGUGAUGAGAGUUUUGAGGAGCUCUGUGUCGGAGCUGGAGGAGAAGACGAGGAAAGCAUUUUCUGAGCUUAUGGAAAAAUGCAAUAAAGCAAUGGAGAAGUUUCCUGAUAAGCUGAAGAUUCCUGACAAUCUGAAGAUUCCUGACAAGCUGAAGAUUCCUGACAAUCUGAAGAUUCCUGACAAGCUGAAGAUUCCUGACAAGCUGAAGAUUCCUGAUAAGCUGAAGAUUCCUGACAAGCUGAAGAUUCCUGACAAGCUGAAGAUUCCUGACAAGCUGAAGAUUCCUGACAAGCUGAAGAGGAUGCAGCAGUAUGCAGUGGAUGUGACUCUGGACCCUGAUACAGCAAAUCCCUUUCUCGGUCUGUCUGCGGAUAGGAAACAAGUGAGUAUUGGACAGACAUGGAACGUUCGCCCUGACAACCCAAAGAGGUUUGUUAGUCGAUGUAUCCUGGGAAAGGAGGGCUUCUCCUCAGGGAGAUUCUACUAUGAGGUGCAGGUGAAGGGGAGGAAUUGCUGGGAGUUAGGAGUGGCCAGAGAGUCCAUUAAUAGGUCAAUUGAGAGGACAGACUUAGAGGUUUUUUUAAAUUCAGGGCUUCCACUGACCCCUGAGGGUGGAUUCUGGACAGUGGGACAGAAAUAUAAUAUUUAUGAGAGUACCUAUGAGGCCAACACCUCUCCUUCUGUAAUCCUCACCUUGAAAAUGCCCCAGAAGGUGGGGGUGUUUGUGGACUAUGAGGAAGGUCAGGUGUCCUUCUAUAAUGUGGAGACCAAAGUUCAUAUCUUCUCUUUCACUGGCUGCAACUUCACUGAGAAACUCUAUCCAUUCUUUGACUGUGGGUUUUAUGAUAAUAACAAUCAAGCAUUGAUCAUCUGCCCUGUCAGUCAUACAGACUGA